AUGGGCGGCUGUUUUAGUAAUCACAAAUAUUCAAGCCCAGAUGCCAAUAACCACAGAUCAGAGAGGCCAAUCCCCACAGAUUACCAGCAGCACCAUCAAAAUCACCAAAAGCCCCCAGCUCAACCUCAACCCCAUCCUCAGCCCCAAAUUCCGGCUCCUCAGACCAAACCCGCCUCGCAAACUCAGAACAAUGUCCAAAAACUGGAGCCCAACAACAUCCUGGGAAAGCCCUUUGAGGAUGUAAAGUCCAAGUAUAAAAUCGGCAAGGAACUGGGCCGGGGUCAAUUUGGGGUCACCUAUGCCUGCACCGAGAUCGCCACGGGUCACCCUUAUGCGUGCAAGUCGAUUCUGAAGAGGAAACUCGUGAACAAGAACGACAGGGAGGAUAUGAAGAGGGAAGUUCAUAUAAUGCAGCAUUUAAGCGGGCAGCCGAAUAUAGUCGAGUUUAAGGGGGCUUAUGAGGAUAGGCUGACCGUGCAUUUGGUGAUGGAGCUUUGUGAGGGCGGGGAGCUUUUCGACAGGAUUAUUGCUCAGGGGCAUUACUCGGAGAGGGCCGCAGCCGAGCUGUGUCGGCAGAUCGUGAAUGUGGUUCACCACUGCCAUUUUAUGGGGGUGAUGCAUAGGGAUCUCAAGCCUGAGAACUUCUUGCUGUCGAGCAAGGACGAAAAGGCCAUGCUGAAAGCCACGGAUUUCGGGCUCUCUGUGUUUAUUGAGGAAGGAAAAGUAUACCGUGAUAUAGUAGGCAGUGCUUACUACGUUGCUCCUGAAGUGUUGAAGCGGAGCUAUGGGAAGGAAAUAGAUGUUUGGAGUGCUGGCGUUAUUUUGUACAUUCUUCUCAGUGGUGUGCCUCCAUUUUGGGCUGAAACUGAAAAAGGCAUCUUUGAUGCUAUAUUGAAAGAAGAAAUUGAUUUUGACAGCAAGCCAUGGCCUUCCAUAUCGGACAGUGCAAAAGAUCUUGUUCGGAAGAUGCUAACAAAGGACCCAACAAAAAGAUUUACUUCCACUCAAGUUCUUGACCAUCCUUGGAUUAAGGGACAAGCACCUGACAAGCCAAUAGAUAGUGCAGUUCUCACUAGAAUGAAGCAGUUCAGGGCAAUGAACAAGCUCAAGAAACUUGCACUGAAGGUCAUUGCACAGAGCUUGUCGGAAGAGGAAAUUAAAGGUCUUAAAGCUAUGUUUACAAAUAUGGACACGGACAAGAGUGGAACAAUCACCUAUGAAGAAUUGAAAUCUGGAUUGGCUCGGCUCGGGUCGAAAUUAUCAGAAACUGAAGUAAAGCAGCUCAUGGAAGCUGCUGAUGUGGACGGUAACGGGACAAUAGACUAUGUGGAGUUUAUUACUGCUACAAUGCACCGUCAUAAGCUGGAAAGAGAUGAAAAUCUGUUUGGUGCUUUUCAAUAUUUUGACAAGGAUAACAGUGGCUAUAUCACGAGAGAUGAACUGAAAUCUGCAAUGAGGGAAUAUGGCAUGGGAGAUGAGGCCACGAUUGAGGAAAUUCUCUCUGAGGUGGACACAGAUAAUGAUGGUAGAAUCAACUAUGAAGAGUUCUGUGCAAUGAUGAGAAGUGGAACAACACAACAGGUAAAAUUAUUUUGA